AUGGCGGAGGUUCCGUUACCGGAAGUCCAAACAAACGGCGUAGGACCAACCGCGACAGUAAACCCGUCGGAACCCCACGGAUCGAAGCGCCAACGCAGGCCAAGCGUCCGAUUAGGCGAUAUCGGAGACCAACCCUCAGAUUCCCACCAUCGGCGCACCUCAAAAACCUGGCGAUUCGGCAUCGGAAAUAUCUCAGGUAAACCCUCAAAGACUCGUCCUUUGACCAAUUUGACAUCGGUAUCCGAUUUCGACGAAACACUCGAAAACGAAGAAAGAGAAACCAACACAGACGGCGUAUUAAUCGGUAGCUGGAAAGUGAAACGAGGCUCGAAAAGACCCCGAUCGAAUUGGGGUUCGUCACGAAUCGAAGAAGGUGAGAAUAUAGAUGAUGAUGUGCAUCAGGAUUUUGAAGGUGAUAACUCGGGGAGAUCGGUUCAUUCGUCCGAGAAUUUGGGUGAUUACAAUGCCAGGGAUAGGAAUGAAGAUGGUGGAAGAGGUAGUUGUGGUGAAGAUGGAGUUAGAAUUUGGCUUAAUGGAUUAGGUUUAGGUCGAUAUGCACCUGUUUUUCAAAUUCACGAGGUUGAUGAUGAAGUAUUGCCUUUGUUAACUCUUGAGGAUCUUAAAGAUAUGGGUAUAAAUGCUGUUGGUUCUAGAAGGAAAUUGCAUUGUGCAAUUCAGAAGCUUGGGAAGGGUUUCUCAUAA